UGGGAACGAAUUGAGGUAAAUAUUAUUGAAUUCAGAAACUGUUCAUAAUUUUGUUUCAGACAGCUCGAAGCAGAUUUCCUAAAGCAUCAGGAAUUAAUCAAACUCUUCAGAAACAGAAUUUCUUCCGCAAGGUAAGAUGACUAAAAACCGUGCUCGAAACAUCCUUGCUAAGAGGGAGAGCGGAAAGUUUUAGCGUACACAACCAAAACGAUCAAAAGCGAUCAUUAAAAAAAUCCAUAAUUUAGGGUUAAAGACUGAUGUGAACGUCAUAGCAUGAAACAAAAAUUAAACGCACUCACAGGCUUUAAUGUGUAAUAGAAAAAUAGAAGACUUCACCUAGCUAAAUGUGAGUUGGAACAUUUUAGAAGACCUUUAAUAGAAAAAGAAAUACACAAACAACAACAAAAUUAACAGACAGACAAAUAUCAGAACAAUAACUCGAGCCAAUAGCUUGGAGUAUCUUAUAAGCAAGGAAAAUGUGGAUAAUUGAAUUCAAAAUUCUGGAAAAGCUGUUUCUUAAAUGGCAGUUGUUUAAAUCGUCUAUGUAAUUAAGCGAUCAAAUGGUUUGAACUCUAAUUUAUUUUAUUUUGAGGUUACUCUCGUCACUCAGACCGUGUCGUUACGCGACAAUUAAAGUUUCUAGAUAGCAAGAGUUUUCAGUGGUUUCCGUCUUAAUAUCUCUUACCGUAAUCAGUGAACACUUUGUGUACUAUCAAAUUUAUGUUGAUAACUGUGAGUAUUAAGCACCGAUAGGAAUUAACUCUUUUGUAAACGUCCUACCAAAAUUUUUAAUGGCAUUUCCUUAAUAUUAACGAAAUAUUGAUGAGGACCACAGAACCAGAAAAAUGUAACAGUAGAUAGAAACAUGGAUUUCAGUUUUGCUUUCACCUGAUUGCCAUAUCUCUAUUUUUAGAGGAUUGAACACGCACAGACAAGCUUGAAGUAUUAUGGCGGUAAGUCAAAUUCAGUACCCUCUCUGGUCGUUGCCUCCGUCGUAUAGCCCAAAAAACCAUUUAAUUGUUUGCACUUUAUUCUGCGUAUUUCCCUUUAGUUUUACUUUCUUUUCGGUCAUGAAUCUCUCGAAACGCGCUGUCAGUUUAAUGUUUUUUGUAAACAUUUGAGCAAUUAGCACCAAAAAGAUUAAACUUCAUGGCUAACUGAUCAACUUCCAAAUAAUCAAAAUCAUUUCAGCCAUAGUCGUGCGCAGUGUGACCAAACUGUUCUUUAAACAUGAUCUGAACAGUGUUUUAAAAGCACUGUGUAGUCCUGGAGUAAUCCCAACCGAUAUCACUAAUCCGUUGUUAGGUUCGGCUGGUCUUUUUUAGGGGGUAUACUUCCCCACUUAAAGCGUUUACUGCUUCGGCAUUAACAAAGAUAUCGGAAAAAGGUUACCACAGUUGUACUAUGUAAAGAUGAAAAGUUGUUAUGAUACAUGUUUUAUUGACAUCAGAGUUACCAUGGAAACGUGAUGACGCUACGUUAUUUACUUGCCUUUGUAUUUCUCGGUACCAGGAGUUUACUUUUUUUCAAAAAUCGCUUAAGGGUGCUUCCCCCUCUUUUAGUUGCCUUGAUUAUGAUAAAGUUUGAGCAAAUUCUAUGAGAGCGUUUUCGAAAUAUUUUGAACAAAGUUUUAAGGGUCAGAAAAACACUGAAUGAACAUGCUAUCGAUAGAAUUAGCUACUAUCUAAAGAAAACGAUUAGGUCUGAAACUGAUGCAGUUUCAUCUUAUAGUAGUUUGAUUUCAUCUGAAUCUUUGCACGAAAAAAGAGGGAGAUUGCGUCGGUUGAUUGCGAGAAAAAAGAAUUUGAUUAGACUACGUUCGGCUGCUUUCUUUACAUUUUUUGAGUGUAAUUUGGUCCAUGUCUACAAAUCUCUACUUGCGGUGAGAAAAUAUAUGUAACGCCCUUUCAGAGUUCUGUAAGCUUAUAUCAAAUCUGAUACUAGAUCAGAUCAUUGUCUCAAAUGUUACAAACGUGCAUAAACUUGGCGCAUAAAUUAACUGUGCUCGCCUUCACGACAUUAGAUAUAUACAUCAUUAUAUAAACACCAAUGAAAUACCAAGUGAGCUUUCGCGCGAAAACUUGAUAUCUUCACAAGUGAAAAUAUCACCGUUGCUAUGGCUUCUCAUUUUUACAUAAGCUCGGAUUCCUUUGUUUUUUUCGGGGGGAAUAAAUCACAUAACCCCUCGCUUCAGGCCGAUAACCCUUACAUAAUAAUCCGCACCUUUCAGACCAAAAAAAUGUUUAAGUACAAUGGUUUGGUAUUUCAUUGGUGUUUAUAUAAUAAAUAGAACAUUACAUGGUCGCUUGAAGAUACGAAAUUUCUCUUCUCCUGUUGAAAAAAAUAUAUCACUUGAGACUUUCAAACCCUGACUUACGCAUCAAGCAAGCUAGGUGAAAAACGAAAACGAUGCCAUCCGAAAUCGGUUCCGACUUUGACAAGCGACGCAUUUCUCAAGCAAAAACCCAAUAAACAAACCAGCCAUGAAUAUUAGAAGACUCUUGAUAGCAGCUGUAUUUCAUUUUGUACAUCCAGUGGAGAAAGACAGUUAAAAACAUCACAAGUUGAUACAAAACUCUGUCAGCUUUAGCUGUCAAAGAUGCUGCAUAAGUUUUCUGCAUGAACUCACCUGUCAAAUUUUGAAAAAUCAGAGCAUAAAAAUUGGACGUAGAGCGUGAUCAACGCGUGAAGAUGGUAAGAAAAGGCCUUCCCCGCCUGUAUUUUUAAACAGGUGGCUGAAUUUUCGCGUCCGAGGUCAGUUUGAAAUCAAAAACGUAAUAGUGCGGGGCUAGCUAAUAGCUAAACGAUAAAACGGUGGCCAUGUAGGAGUUGAAAUCUUUUCUUACGUUGACAAAUUCUUCUUCGGUAACGAUCCCGAUAUUUUUUGAGCAGCGUAAACCGGUAUAUCUCACUAGGCGUGUGCAUCAGAUGACUCAUACACUGGUUUACAUGUAGGUGCUACUCUGCUACUCUGCAUAAACCUCUUUGGCUUCUUCUUUGAACCGCCGGUUUAAGUUCUCGCCUCGCCUUGCUUCUUAUACGUUAUGUAACGAGCCUCCAGUCUUCGUUGCUUUCAAUUUUGUCCGGUUUCUAUGUAAUUAACCAGCUCAGUGGAAGAGAUCUUCCUCCAUUUCCAGCACUAUCAUCAUCAUUAUCAUCAUCAUCAUCAUUAUAAUAAUAACUAUUAUUAUUAUUGUCUCACAUUUUAGUUGAUUGACAAGUUGUUACGUGAAUUCGCAAAGGAAAAUUUUGGCGAUAAAGAGGGACAUUAUUUCCCUGUUGUCCAUGGCCGAACUCAAAAUAUUAAGUUAUUUACUCUGGUGGUAAAGGAAUCUAGGUACGUUCUGGAACGUCCGUUCAAACGAUAUACAUACAAAGUUGUGGCGGGACUAGAAAAUUACGUAGCAGAUGGCAAGAGGGAAGAAUAUGAAGCCUUGAGGAACAAAAAGGUUCAAAAACAUAAUGAGAUAGCAUCAGUGGGGGAGAGUGAAGAUGGCAGCGGUACCGGUGCUACAAGGUAAAUUAACGUCACUGAAACAUUACCCUGUAACAUUUACUAGUUGUUGCGUAGUUACAGUUAGCCUGCUUCAACGGCUUUCUCAAACUCAAUUUGUUAUCUCGCAAGAGACUGAAUAGUAGUAGUUUUUUCCUCUUUGAGGAUCUAUUUAGAUUUUUUGUGAGCAAAUUUGCCCCGUAGUCGCUCAAAAUGUUUGAUUCUUAAAAUCUUAUACAAUUUACAUUGAUAACUAUAAAUUCAUUUAUUUAAGUGUGAUGCGCUUUUAGUAGCUAUUGUCACGCCAUUUGGCUAUCAUUUAUGACUCUAUGCUCACUAAAUCCGUGUGCAGACAAAUGCAAGCUAAUUUAUACCAAAGGAUAAAUUAAAGUUAAUGUGAUAUAGCCAUACCAGUAAUCCUUUUAGAGGAAUAAAUUAAACCAGCUCACUUCCUUUCACGGGUUACUUCCGUCGUGUGACCCCUAUCGCACUAAAUAAUUUGCUCAGCCAAUUAGAUAAAAGCUGUCGCAUGAACAGUGCUCAAUUCAGUAAAACAGCAGUUCAUGCGCUUUUUGUCGUGGAACAAAAUAAUCUACCACACGCCUUUAUCGCUAUUUGAUUCUCUAUGAUGGUUUUCUUAGUUUUUUUUAUUCUUUUUUUCUUUGCUUUAUCGCUGCAAUCCUGAGAACAGCAUACAAAAGUAAUUAUUGUUUCAUUCACUGUUAAUCCAUGGACAGUUGUCAUGGAGAUAUGACAAUGAUAUGACAAUGACAGAACAGGAUUUUUCACCCAGGAGAAUCAUUCUAAGCUGACACCCCUACACGCCUCUGCACUUGAUAAUAUAUUUUCAGCUUGUAUUAAGAGUGGUUGUCAGAGAAAACCGGGCAAAAUGUUAAAAAUGUCAACGGAAAGGGGUCAACAGAAUAUGCUCAUACUAACAUCAUAGAUAGGUUAGGUAGAGUAAUGGACAAAUAUAAUAAACAUAGGUUCUUCACUACUCUUGUAUUAGAGAUACGAGCAUCACUUUAUUUGACCCCCUCGGAGGCCAUUUUUGUAAGCAAAUUUUGACUAUUUUCUGAAGCUCACAAACUCCUCAAAAUUAAACAAGCGAAGUUCAUUUUUUGUAUGCGAUACAACACAACACAGGACUAUCUUCGAAAACCAUAAACAUUGUUAAGUAGCUACGGGCAAGACUAAAACUUUCUUAUUUUACUUGACCUAAACUCAGUGUCUGCAAGCGAAUCAAAAAUCGGUCGUUUUUGAAUUGACCUGUAGCGCACAACUAAAAGGAUAAUAAAACUCUGACAGUCAAAUUGCAGUCUACAAUCAUCCAUGUUACCAAAACACUAAUAAUCAUUUUGGCUGGUUGGAAAAGAAAGAAAUUAGAAAACUCACAUUUGCCAUAGGUACCAACAGGUACCAACCUUUUUCUUGAAAAUAGGCCGAUCCCUUCUUCUUUGUUUUAAGUCCUCUUCGUGAUUUUUGUUCCCUAUUUCGCUGUCAGCUAUGGUCAGCAGGUAGAGGAAAUAUCAAAAAGUUCGAAAUACUGUCACUGUAACAUCUUGGAACGGCAAAAAGUGCUAAACCAUGGGAUAAAACUAGAAAAUAACAAAGCGACGCCAUCUUGAAGGUUCAGUACUCGGGAGGGACUGGCACUAGUAGUUGACAAGACGACGAAUAAUCACGAAUAAUCAGGUAAAAGACAGAAACAAACGACUCAGUAAAUAAAUGCACACUUCUUAUACAAAUCACAAACAAACCCUUAUCAGCUACUUGCUCCAAUAUUACUUCUCUGUUUACUACAUUUGGUUCGUUCACUUCUGGGUUGUCAUUUUUUGCGGAGUUAAUGGAGUGGAGAAUAUAAUGGGCGAUGGGCUAUUAACCUGGGACUUCUCUUUCUGUUUGGGAGGCGAAAAAGAAAACUAAGAACUCCUGAUCGCAGGUUAAUGGGUGAUUAACUCGACGUACUUCAUCCCCUCUUCAUUUUGAGUUAUCCCGUGGAUGUGGAUAACAUUCACCUUAUGGCUUACUGGGAAACAAUUCACCUCGUUUCAUAGCUUGCGCAGGAGCCCUUUUUCAGGUCUGUAGGUUUUGCGGUCUGGUUUGUGGGACUUAUAAGGUGCUCAAAAUUCGCGCCAAAAUUGUUCUAAAAAUAGCCUGGUUAUUAAAAACGCCGUGACACGACUACAUAGAAGCUGCUCGCUCCGGGUUAUGUAACUCGAAUUACUUCAUCCGCUCUUCAUUUUGAGUUAUCCCGUGAUUGUGGAUAACAUUCACCUUAAGGCUUACUGGGAGUCAAUUAACCUCCUGAUGAUUUUUCUUCCCUGUUUCACUAUGGUCAGCAAGUGAAGUCCACAAAACUCGAAAUACUGCCAUUGUUGCUUUUUAAAACGGCAAAAAGUGCUGAACAAUUGGAUACAAUUAGAAUAUAAUAAAGGGACGCCAUCUUAGAAAUCCAGUACUCGGAAGGGACAGGUACUAGUACUUGCCUUGUCUCCAAACGGAAACUAGAUGGUCUCAUUUGGAGGAGAGACAAACUAUGCAAAUACAGAUCAUGAGGUACAUACAAACAAAGCAACAAACAGUUAUUACCUACGUGCUCCACUCUUUGAUUUCUGUUAAUUACUCUUGGUAGUUAAAUUUAAGGAGGAUGGUGACGGGUGAUUAACUGGCUGAUUAACUCAUUCGCUCUUUCACUUCAUUUUGAGAUAUCUCAUAAAAGUCAUAACAUUUCUUUCUUUCAACUCUUUGGUCUUUAAUUUACUUUUAGGAUUAGAGGUAUUGACGUUUUUAUUAUAUCCGUCUAUUGUUGCGUCAUUCUUCGAUCACCGUCUACGUCUGAACAUCCACUCGUCUCCCAUUCCUUUCAAGCACGGGGUCAGUAAUAAAAUGAUGUUGCCGGUGACCCUUUUUCUUGUACCUGAUAUGAAACGGCAGGCGCAUUCCUUAUAAUAGCCUACAGUAUGCGGAAGGCUCCGCCCGAAAGGCUACGUCUUUCAGGCAUCAGGAGUAAUAUGGGGUGCUUUCCAUUAUAACAAAAUUUUCGGAAAUUUCGGUCGAGAAAAAAAUGGGACGCUUUGGUCUGCGUAGAAAUUUUCCGGUCAAAAUUGUCCACCUCCAGAGGUGGUCCUCUUGGACUGUUGGUCCGAUCUGACCGAAACUUCCCGUUCCAUUUCCAAAAAUUUUCGUUUUCAGUCCUACCGUGCUAAGCAGCAAUCAAAAUUUCAGUUGAAACGCAAAUGGAUCGUUUCGAUGCGAUUGAAAACGUUGUUUCAGUAGAACAAUGUCGCCUUCUUUUUGUCUUGAUCAUUCCACUUAUCAUAGGAGUUUAGUUUGGCAAAUGGAAAGCGCUCAUAGCCUGCGAUGCAGCCGGCCUACGCAGGCAUAACCUGGACCAUUGGUAUAGUCCGUCUAGCCUGCGAAUAGCCCACGUUCGAUAUAUUAAAAUUCUAACAUGACUCCGAGGCUUUCUGGUCAUUUUUCUACGUUUGGUUUUGUUUUCUUUCUGCUCGUGUCUCUUCUGGGAAUUGCGAGACAAUGAAGUCGUGAAAAAUUUGCAAUUUUGUCCCUAAAGCCUAGGAGUCAUGUUAGAAUUUUAAAAUAUCGAACUUGGGCUAUUAGUGCGCAAAAGCUAUUCUGCACUAAUUCGCAGACCCUGUAUACAGCGGUUUCUUAUUUUCUAAUCAACCAAUCGAAAUUAUAGACCUUAAAGUUACUAAAAAAAACUGUAAAACCGGUUAAAUCAACUAAAAAUAGCACACGACGUUAUCUUAAUGAGAUUCCUGCGCAUUUUAUUUAUGAGAUAAAGACUAAAGGUUAUGACGCUAUCGGCGUUAAUGUAUUCCCCCACAAGUUAAUGUGAUUCCCCCGCAAAAAAAAACAAGUAACCCAUCCCUACUAUACUACUGAGCUCCAGUUUCCAGAUUAGUAGUUCCGGACUUAAAUUGGUCCGAAGGAGUACUUUAACCCCGGUGGGGGUACUCCCAUACAUUACCUAUACAGGUAUGUGCCGCCCAACGGGGUCGUGAUUUUGAAGCUCCUGAUUUAGAACGGGGUAUCCAUUUCAGAGGCGUUUUUUAGAACGGGGUAUAAAAAAUUGUGGAUCACGGCUUUAUCUUCUGCUUAAAAUUGUUGCUGAUUAUGAAGAAGCAAAUCGAACAAAUAAAGAAAUAUCUUUUUUAAAAAAACAGGGCUAUUUCAAUUUACAAACUUUCUAGAACGGAGAAUGGCCCAUUUCUAGAACGGGGUAUCAGUUUUAGGGCGAAUUUUAGAACUGGGUAUGAAAAAUUGGCCCAUUUCUUGAACGGGGUAUCAAUUUUAGGGGAAUUUUUUUGGUGCCAAUUUGGAGUCCCGGGCGGCACAUACCCACCCAAAAAAUACCCAAGUGCCCCCCCGGGACUUUAACGCAGUAUAAACGUUUCGAGAAAAAUCAAAACCGGUUAUAAGGGCCUCAGAUGAAGAAACAUUAUGACUUCUGUGUGUAAGACCAACAGGCCCUUCGAUAACAGCGAUAACUACCCGAAACGCAUGCAUAGCCCAUCAAGAUCUUAAAUUUUCCUUGCAAUUUUUUUCCUUGCCUUUUAAGACUACAAAUAAUGUCGUGGUCAUCAUAACAGAUAGGGUAACUCAAAUUUACUUGAAUAGUAUACUGAAUCUGGCAAAUUAUAAACUUCCCUUUUUUCCAAUAGUCCUCUUGUGACGUUGUGUUGCACCGAGUUAUGAAACACAACUCCUUAUUUUUUUUGCUGUCAUCUACUAUCCCUGAGUGUUCGCUAUUUCGUUUUCUACUUUAAAUGGGGUUUCUGUGUUUCCCUGCGAUUAGAACACGCGUACUCAUUUCAAAACCAAAGACUUUUAUCAUAAAACGAAGUGAGACAAGACUGAAGUGUAAAAUUACCUAUACCACGUUGCUUUCAGUGAAUCUCUUUUCACAGAGCGUUAUCACAAGAAAAGAUAAGAUUAUGUAAGGGACAGGAGGGACUAGGGUAAUAGUAUGUAACCUUACCUGCCAACAAAGGAAAGCUAGCUCUUACCCAAUUACCCCUCCUGGUCACUAAAAAAUUAUGACCAACCCUCACUUCCCACUGACAUUUAUAUGAAUUCACCCCCAUUAUACCGUAAAGUUUUAAAACGGCUGCACAAGGAACAGUACCUUAAAACUGCCUUCUACAGUAGCCGUCCAUUCAGAAUAGGCCGAUUGUGCGUAGUCUUCUGAAUCGUCUUGUGAAUAUCUAGAUUGCAGCUCCCAAUUAUUUGCGUCACGCAGGAGCCCAUAACCUGGAGCGAGCAGCUUCUAUGUAGUCGUGUCACGGCGUUUUAACUAACAAGUUUAGUUUUAGAACAAUUUUGGCGCGAAUUUUGAAUACCUUAUAAGUCCCACAAACCAGACCGCAAAACCUACAGACCUGAAAAAGGGCUCCUGCGCAAGCUAUGAAACGAGGUGAAUUGACUCCCAGUACACCAUAAGGUAAAUGUUAUCCACAUACACGGGAUAACUCAAAAUGAAGAGGGGAUGAAGUACGUCGAGUUAAUCACCCAUUAACCUGCGAUCAGGAGUUCUUAGUUUUCUUUUUCGCCUCUCAAACAGAAAGAGAAGUCCCAGGUUAAUAGCCCAUCGCCCAUUAUAUUCUCCACUCCAUUAACUCCGCAAAAAAUGACAACCCAGAAGUGAACGAACCAAAUGUAGUAAACAGAGAAGUAAUAUUGGAGCAAGUAGCUGAUAAGGGUUUGUUUGUGAUUUGUAUAAGAAGUGUGCAUUUAUUUACUGAGUCGUUUGUUUCUGUCUUUUACCUUAUUAUUCGUGAUUAUUCGUCGUCUUGUCAACUACUAGUGCCAGUCCCUCCCGAGUACUUAACUUUCAAGAUGGCGUCGCUUUGUUAUUUUCUAGUUUUAUCCCAUGGUUUAGCACUUUUUGCCGUUCCAAGAUGUUACAGUGACAGUAUUUCGAACUUUUUGAUAUUUCCUCUACCUGCUGACCAUAGCUGACAGCGAAAUAGGGAACAAAAAUCACGAAGAGGACUUAAAACAAACAAGAAGGGAUCGGCCUAUUUUCAAGAAAAAGGUUGGUACCUAUGGCAAAUGUGAGUUUUCUAAUUUCUUUCUUUUCCAACGAGCCAAAAUGAUUAUUAGUGUUUUGGUAACAUGGAUGAUUGUAGACUGCAAUUUGACUGUCAGAGUUUUAUUAUCCUUUUAGUUGUGCGCUACAGGUCAAUUCAAAAACGACCGAUUUUUGAUUCGCUUGCAGACACUGAGUUUAGGUCAAGUAAAAUAAGAAAGUUUUAGUCUUGCCCCUAGCUACUUAACACUGUUUAUGGUUUUCGAAGAUAGUCCUGUGUUGUGUUGUAUCGUAUACAAAAAAUGAACUUCGCUUGUUUAAUUUUGAGGAGUUUGUGAGCUUCAGAAAAUAGUCAAAAUUUGCUUACAAAAAUGGCGUCCGAGGGGGUCAAAUAAAGUGAUGCUCGUAUCUCUAAUACAAGAGUAGUGAAGAACCUAUGUUUAUUAUAUUUGUCCAUUACUCCACCUAACCUAUCUAUGAUGUUAGUAUGAGUUUAUUCUGUUGACCCCCUUCCGUUGACAUUUUUAACAUUUUGCCCGGUUUUCUCUGACAACCACUCUUAACAUAUUUUAGUUCAGCUUCUCUCCCCCGAGGUUCUUAUGAAGUUUCUGCGUCUUCCUUCGGGAGGAUUCAGGUUUCCUCCUAAAAUAAGAAGGUUUUUUUCGUGACGGGUAGAAGACACCUAGUCAUAACUAAGAUUAGGGAUCGUACCUGUAUAUAUUAGUUGAACAUGGUCUUACAAUGAAGAGCUCCCAUACUUGUGACCUUUGCCCCAUAGACUCUUGUUACUCCUUAAUCCAGGGAAUUGGUAAUCAACAGAGCCCUUUUCACCCCUCUGUACCCAGGAGAUUAUUACUCCGAGGAAGGAUUUUCAACGCUCGCUACCGUGGGGGAUUAUCACCCCCUAGAGAGGAUUAUCACCUAUCAUGACCCUGAGGGAUUAUUACCUCUCAAGAUACUGAGGGAUUAUCACUCCGAGGAAGGAUUGACACCUCUCGCUACCUGGGGGGAUCAUCACUCCGAGAGAAGAUUAGCACCCGCACGACCCUGAGGGAUUAUCACUCUGAGGGAGGAUUAUCACCUCUCUUUACCCUGGGGGAUUAUCAUGCAUUCAGAGGAUUAUCACCCCUCACUACCCUGAGAGAUUAUCUCUUCGAAAGAGGAUUAUCACCUCUCACCACCCUGGGGGAUUAUCACUCCAAGACAGGAUUAGCACCCCUCACUUCCUGAGCGGAUUACCACUCAGACAGAGGAUUAUCACCCCUCACUACCCUGGGGGAUUAUCACUCAGACAGAGGAUUAUCACCUCUCACUACCCUGGGGGCUAUCACCUCCUGGAGAGGAUUAUCAACUCUCAUGAACCUGAGGGAUUAUAACCUCGUAGAGGGAAUGUUUUGUGUUACGAAAGUCAUUCCAACUCUUUAUUCCCUUAAGAAAUACUGUAGAAUGUAAUCAGUUUUAAAAAGUCUCCUCUCUUAAUUAGCGUCAAUGUAUUCAUUUUUCUAUUGAUGCAAUUUUACCCAAUAGUACAGUAGUAACAUUCUGUCCUGUGUGUAACAUACACGCAGACUAAAUUGUUCCUCAUACGAAUUUUUUUUGCUCCUUGAUUCAGCACCUUAGCAGUUGGAGCCCACGUUGCUAAAAUUGCCAACUUUGCGAUCGAGAUAAAUGAAGAUCUGGGAUCCCUAGAGCUAGGGGGAAUUGAUCAGGAAUACAUACUUGACCCAGACCUACGUGACGUGUUGGCCAAAACAGAACUAGAUAUUAAUAAAACAGGAGUGUUUGAAGGCCAACAACUGCGUUUGAUAACCUCAGUGAUUUACAGUGAGCGAUUUGCAGUUAAAGGCAACAGAAAAUACGAGGUAUUUUAGCCGUUGAAAACUAUCUUUUUCUUCCUCUUGUUCUAACUAUUACUAUUGUUGUUAUUAUUAUUAUUAUUAUUAUAUAGUGUUGAAUUACACGGUAGAGAAUAAAAGGGAGAUAGAUACAUGUAAUUAAGACUCUUGUUGUCACCCCCAUUUUAUUGACGCUGUGGGUAUAAGUUGCUUGUGAUUAGCUGUUUUGGUUUUUGAGUUACAUGAAGUUAAUUGGAGAGAUUUGUUGAUUUAAGUUAAUGGCCUGUUGCUGUUCAAUGAAAGUUUUAAGCUCGGGAAAGUUGCAACACUUUCCUUCUAUCUUCAUAAAACUUUACUGCAUGUCACUGUCUUGUUUCUGAGCUUGUUGUUUACCAGAUUAGGACCAUGAUUACAAAACCGGGUUGGCCCUCUUUUCUCAAAACGCGAAAAGGAGGUUAAGUGCAAGAAUGAACCCUGUGUUAUGAUUACAUGCAACCAACUUUGCCAGUUUAGCUGAGAUGCCGGUAUCGGGGUGGCGUUAUACCGGGAUAAAAGUCGGCUUCACAAAAGCAAGCCAGUCCGGCUGAUGUAAUCAGGCUCUAAACGCCAGGGCCAUCAAGGGGGUACUCCGGAUUUCAAUUGUCCGGGAUGAUUGAAGGGGGACAAAAAUCAAACCCCCAAAAUAUACUUACUGCCUUUCAACAAAACCCCCCAAAAUUCCCUGGACCAAAAAUCAGUCCCCCCCAAAAAACCUCAGGGCUAAAAGCGAAGCUCCCGUUGAUAAAUUUAGAAUUUAAAUCAAACAAUAAACUUGUAAUCCACAAAUCAGUUAGCGUUAGGGAACAUUCAUGUGAAUUUUGAGGGAAAGGCUAAGUGACUUUAGAGAAAAAGAAUUUGCAAACAGUUCAAGGGUUAAACAAAUUUUACAUCGACUUCAUAGUCUUUAUGUACACCCAAAAAAUAGCAAUCAUCUUCGAUCACAGUAGAUUAGGUCUAGAAAACAAAUUCUUCCUAAACAAAAUAACCUAAUCGCCCACCUACGACCACCUUUCUUUUUUACAAUAAGGUUAAUUGGACAUCCCCGAAAUAUAAUUCUAAGCUAUAAAGACCGAUUAUAAGACACGAUAGUCCUUGGUGGCAGCCAAUUUACACGUUGCAGUACUGUUUCUAGGUUGCAUUCCCUUGCGUAAAAGCGAGGACAAAAUACAAACUCGGGCCGGAUUUUUUGCGUUCGACAAGUUUACUUUACAAAAUCUUGCCAACAAAUCUGGUGGCGUGUCAGCCUUUUAUUCUUUUUAUACAUCACAUCUGAGAUACACAGUACCAUGAGACAUUCUUUUGAUUUUAUAGACCUCGGACAGAUUUUGCUCUUUUUUGCCGUAUUUAGACACCCCCAGAUUGGUUGGCAAGAAUUUGUAAAGCAAACCUGUCGAACGCAAAAAAAUUCGGCCAGAUUUGUUUUCCAAGAAUUUGUUUUCGAGGCCAAAUCUACUGUGAUCUUGAAUGUGAUCGAAGAUGUUUGCUAUGUUUGGGUGUACAUAUAAGGCUAUCAAUUCGAUGUAAGAUGUUUCACUCUAAAAUAACUUAGCCUUUCCCACCAAAGUCACAUGAAUGUGCCCUUAAGUUAACUGAUUUGUGGAUUAAAAGUUUAUUGUUUGAUUUAAAUUAUUUUUUUAUUAACUGGAGCUUCGCUUUUAGCCCUGGCUAAAUCUAGUUAGUAUAUACACACUCAGUGAUCUUGGUAAUUCAAGCAAUCUGAUUGGUUAGCUAUCUCAGACUAUGACGUUAUAUUCACCGCGCUAGGCGGUGAAUAUAAAGCAGAACAAAAUCGCUGUCGUGAACUGGGUGUUUUGCCAAAGCUUUAUAGUAAAGCCUUUUUGAAAACACACGAAUAUCCAAGUGCUGAUGACUUUGAAAGCAAGACAAGACUUCAUGGUGUUUAAGCAGCGUGAUUUAUUGUGAAGUGGUUUACUGUAGCUGAAUUUUUGUCGGCUCCAAGCUAUGUUUACCAGUACAGAGGAAAACGAGGUCGCUUUGGACUGUUUUGUUAUUUCGGGAUUUUCUCGCAAGACCAAUUUUGCCUAUAAAUGGAGGUUAAUUUAUGGAGAUAAGAGGAACUCAAGGCAAAUAUUUUCGAACAUUGUACGUGCCAGCAAGUUAACAAGGCAAAGAACUUUGGAGAUAAACAACGCUCACCUUGAUCGUAGCCGCUGUUGACAGGAUUUGCAAGAAGCGACAAAGAAAACUAUCUUUCUCAUUCACGGUGAGUUGACAGAAACAAAUAAAACUCUACUUUUCUCCUCAGAAUUGGGUAGUAAUUUAAAUUUUCGACGUUUUCUUUUAAACCGUUGAUGCUAAAGCUUACAAAACUCGAUACAAAAAGAUUAAAACUAUCAUUUGCCAUGUUUGAAGAUACUGUAAAGAUCUAACUUUUGCGCAUCCACUGUUUACGGCUUCGUGUUCACGCAUGAAUUCACCCGUCAAUCAAACUAACCGUUUUUUAAUGGUUUCCUCUCUGAUUCUGUUGAGAUCACUUCGUGUGAAUAUACUAAAACAACUAUUCACCUCAGGCUCAGUUAAUAUUGUUGAAUAAUCCCCGAGACGACAAUAUUAACUUCGCCUUCGGCGAAUAAUUGUUAAAUAUUAUAUGGACGAUCGGGACGAUCGUGUUAAUUUUGUAGCGAUCAUAUGGAAACGCUCUCAGACAGUUGAGACGAUUGGGACGAUCGAAGGCUAUCCCAGAAAUCAUCACUUUUAUUCCAGUAAUCGAGAAUAAAUUCGGUCUGGACGGCGCUUAAGUCGAAAAAAACAAAAAACAAAAACAAAUGUUCGCACCACGUAUGGGCGCUAUUUGAAAUUAGAUAAAGUCCGUGACAUCAAGUUCUCGAAAUGAUACUACAGUCGUGGAACUCAACGCCUCAAAAAAAAAAAUAAUAAUAUUAAAAAAAAUAAGAGAAAAAGCAGAUAGCGAGGCACGAAGUUCGCUCUUCGAUUAAAACCCAUGAUUAUGUUUGGCUUUUUUGCGAAACACGCGCAAAAAUUCUAUGAGUCUCACCCAAAGCCAUCGCUGACGACCCCGCGUGUCUUGUCUGAGCGAUCAUAUGGAAACUACCAAUCAGUAAAUAUAUAUAAAUAUCAGUCGUUCUGAUCGCCUUUAAAUUUUUUGAAACGACUAGGGCGAUCGGGACGAUCAUAUGGAAACCGGGCUUUAGAGUGAGGUUAAGAUUAGGGUAAGGAGGUUACGAGUUUGGUUAGGUGUCAUUUGUUGCUUUUAUUUUGCUUUUGUUAUUUUUUUUUAAUUAUUAUUUUUAUUAUUAUUAUUUUUUGCACGUUUUAUGUGUUCCUGUUCACUUUUUUCUUUCGAUGCCUCUCAUUUUCACCUUGAUGGCCGCUAGCAUUUCCCCUUUUCCUCACCGUCGUUAUAAAAUUUUGAUGUUUUUCUUUCGACGAAAUUGGUCUCCUUUGUUUUUUACUCUCGCUCUAGCUCUUUCUCUAUUAUCCACGACAAUGUAGACAUUAAAAUUAAGUCGAAAGAAAGAAUCAGCUUUGUUGUUGUUGUUUUUAUUGCUAAAAGUCCGAGAAGCUAUGCGAUUUAUUGGAUCAGUUUAGUUUUCUGGGCAACCGAGCUCGAUACGAGUUUGUCGAGCUCGAUAUGUCAACCGGCCUCGAUAAACAAAUCGAGCUCAGGAAACCGAGCUCGAUACGGGUUUAUCGAAGUCGAUAUAUCAACCGGCCUCGAUGAACUAAUCGACCUCGGGAAACCGUCCUCGAUAUGUCGAUACCGAGCUCGAAAUGUCGAGGACGGUGAAGCAAGGACUCUCACUUUUCCGGGGGGACAAGUAGAAUGUUAUCGAGCUCGAUAAGCCUCACUAUCGCGCUCGAGUUCUCGUAACCGCGUUUAAAUGGACCGAGCUCGGUUUACGUUAACGUGUGGCUAAUCGAGCUCGGUCGCCUAGAACUAGUUUUCUAGCCAAAUGUGGCCAAACCUUUAAUUACUUGUCAUAGAGUCUGUUUCGCUCGAAAGCCCUGAUAUAAAACGGUACUGGGAUAGUGGAUCUUACCGCAUUUUUUAAAAUGAGUAUUGCCUGGCAAUUACAAGCACUGAAAGUCAGAAACCGCUUGCAGCGUUAAACCUUUUUUUUCUCACAACUUCGAAGUUGUUGCAGUAUAUGAAAAGGAAACGAUACGAUACUUCUCUACAUUCGCUAAUGCCCCUCCUUUUUUUGUAGCGGUCAGUCACUGCUUGUCUUUGCCUUUAGCCCGCCCCAAGCUUAAUAAAAUACGGGGUUUAAGGCUUUUAAAGUCUAAUGAUGUAGCCUUCUUAUAAGUUAAAAAUAAAGUGUUUAUUACAUGAGUUGCAUUUACGUUGUCUUUUCAAUUUUUAUCAAAAAGCGAUUGAUCUUGUUACAUAGCGGAAGUAGCAAACUGUUAUUGUACACUUAUUGUAAUCGAAAAUAAUCACUUACAAUUCCUGUCUAUAUUUCGUAUGUUGUCAUCGUUUUGACACUAAUUUGGUGAAAGUCAAAAUGUACUUAUACAAGAUCAAAAUAACAUCAACGUCUUAGCUAGUGUUGUUAAUAAAGAGCAGGCUCCAGUUGUUCAAAAGGUGGAUAGCGCUACCCACCGGAUAAAGAAUAAACCAUCGCCGGGAUGGUGGCAGUGGCCUUGGUUUUCACUGUUUAGCUAUUUAUCCGGUCGAUAGCGCUGUCCAUCUUGUGAACAACUGGGGACAGUUCAAUAAUAUCUCGGCAUUAACCUUAAUGAGACAAACAAUAACUAAAAUGUCUUUCAUUCAGUCUAUCUACAUAUUCAUUUUUCCACCAAAGAAUUGACCUGAAUUGAACGGGCAAGUUGGAGAAGGAGCUAAACUGGGACCAAGCCCAAUUUUACCAGUUCUCAUAAUUCCUCUUUUACGUGGUCUCGGUAAAAUUGGGCCUUACCCAAAGACUCACAAGUCACGUAAUUUAUCGCAUCACUGUUUAGUUUGGUUUGAGAUAUAUAUCCUUUGAAAAAGAUCGCGAAAUAUUGCUCUGAGAUUUUUAACGAUGUAUGUGCUGAAAAUCGGGGAAAAUUACCGAGGAGAAUGUCAUGUAAAAUAGAAAGAUCUUCAACAUCUCCUCGAAAGAAGUAAAAUGGCACAGCUAACCGUUUUAUUUUUAAAUGAGAAAUGACAAAAAGCUACGUGUAAGUCAGCAAGUCUGCAUUUGUAUGAAAAACUGGCAUACUAACAGAAGCAUGCUACGGAGGUAGUUCAUUCUACGAGGGUGUCAGGAACAGAUCCAGAACUUUUUCUUUGGGGGAGGGCACAAUAUACGUUAAUUGAGUUCAAAUUCUCUUGUAGCUGUCCCAAAACAUUCACAUUUUGGAAGGACGAAAUGCAAACGUAAAAAUUAAAUACAUAUUAUUAAUGGUUUUAUGUCUUGGUCGUAAAUUCAGGUGCUUGGUCUUUUAUUGUCACCGUGAAGCUGAUCGGCUUUGUAGAUUUUUUGAGUUUAUAUUCUUUUUAGUGGGCUGUUAUAAAGGUGAGUUUCUAGCCACCCAAUUAAGCUCCUGGAUCUGCCCCUGAGUCUCCAACUGGAGUGAUUUUAAUCUUCUUGUUUUUCUUUUUGUUUUUCUUCUUCUUCUUCUUGUUCUUUCUCUUUUUUCCUUUUCCCGCAGCUCCUGUUAAUGAAUCGACAGAUCGAUAAAUACAUUAUCAAACUGAGCUCUUUUUUUUCUCGUUGCUGCACAACAGAGCUUGGUAAAACGGUCAUAAAUUCAGUCAAAGAUUUCAAUGAAACAUAACCAUUUACGGGUAAAAGAUUCUCCUAGGAGAUGUAGCAUAAGGUAUUGUUAGAAUUACUUAAAAAGCUUCGCAUACCGUCUUCCUUCGGAUCUUCAAUUGUAGCCGACAAAUCAUCAGUUGACCUCGUCUCUCCUGGUUUUCCCGCAGCUUCUGUUAAUGAAUGGGCAGAUCGAUAAAUACAUUAUCAGACUGAGGCCUUUUUUCUCUUGUUGCACAACAGAGCGUGGUAGAACGGUCAUAAAUUCAGUCUAAGAUUUCAAUGAAACAUAACCAUUUACGGGUAAAAGAUUCUCCUAGGAGAUGUAAAAUAAGGUAUUGUUAGAAUUACUUAAAAAGCUUCGCAUACCGUCUUCCUUCGGAUCUUCAAUUGUAGCCGACAAAUCAUCAGUUGACCUCGCCUCUACUGGUCCAAAUGUAACCUACAAAAAAAAAAGGCACAGAGGAAGUAUGACAGUAGAAAGGUCUACUGUCAUACUUCCUCUGGGAAGACAUUCGAAUGGAACUUCGGGCAAUUUAACAUUUAAAUUAAGCUUACCUACAUUCAAGUUAAUCUUUAAUCGACUUUACUGUGUUUAGAAUUAUUUAUCAACGCUUAAUGAUUAUUGUUUAUGGAAAUUCAUGAUAUUAAUAAAUUAUUUGUUUUAUUUGCUUAAGCAAGUCUUGCCCUACUAUUUAUGUACCCGAAGUACCUAGUCCACCCAGUCCACAGUAGUACCAUGUUAGCCAGACCACACCACACACAAACCCACUUAAGCCAGUCCAGAUCAAAUCCAGUCCAGUCAGUCCAGAUCAAAUCCAGUCCAGUCAGUCCAGAUCAAAUCCAGUCCAACCAGUCCAUAUCAAAUCCAGUCCGACCAGUCCAGAUCAAAUCCAGUCCAGUAAGUCCAGUCAAUCCAGAUCAAAUCCAGUCCAACCAGUCCAGAAUAAAUCCAGUCCGACCAGUCCAGUUCAAAUCCAGUCCAGUCAGUCCAGAUCAAAUCCAGUCCAGUCAAUCCAGAUAAAAUCCAGUCGAACCAGUCCAGAAUAAAUCCAAUCCGACCAGUCCAGAUCAAAUCCAGUCCAGUCAGUCCAGUCAAUCCAAAUCAAAUCCAGUCCAACCAGUCCAGUUCAAAUCCAGUCCAGUCAGUCCAGAUCAAAUCCAGUCCAGUCAAUCCAGAUCAAAUCCAGUCUAACCAGUCCAGAUGAAAUCCAGUCCGAUCAGUCCAGUUCAAAUCCAGUCCAGUCAGUCCAGAUCAAAUCCAGUCCAACCAGUCCGGAAUAAAUCCAGUCCGACCAGUCCAGUUCAAAUCCAGUCCAGUCAGUCCAGAUCAAAUCCAGUCCAGUCAAUCCAGAUCAAAUCCAGUCCAACCAGUCCAGAUCAAAUCCAGUCCGAUCAGUCCAGAUCAAAUCCAGUGCAGUCAGUCCAGUUCAAAUCCAGUCCAGUCAAUCCAGAUCAAAUCCAGUCCAACCAGUCCGGAAUAAAUCCAGUCCGACCAGUCCAGUUCAAAUCCAGUCCAGUCAGUCCAGAUCAAAUCCAGUCCAACCAGUCCAGAAUAAAUCCAGUCCGACCAGUCCAGUUCAAAUCCAGUCCAGUCAGUCCAGAUCAAAUCCAGUCCAACCAGUCCAGAAUAAAUCCAGUCCGACCAGUCCAGUUCAAAUCCAGUCCAGUCAGUCCAGAUCAAAUCCAGUCCAACCAGUCCAGAAUAAAUCCAGUCCGACCAGUCCAGAAUAAAUCCAGUCCAGUCAAUCCAGAUCAAAUCCAGUCCAGUCAAUCCAGAUCAAAUCCAGUCCAGCCAGUCCAGAUCAAAUCCAGUCCCGUCAGUUCAGAUCACAUCCAGUCCAGUCAAUCCAGAUCAAAUCCAGUCCAACCAGUCCAGAAUAAAUCCAGUCCGACCAGUCCAGUUCAAAUCCAGUCCAGUCAGUCCAGAUCAAAUCCAGUCCAACCAGUCCAGAAUAAAUCCAGUCCGACCAGUCCAGAAUAAAUCCAGUCCAGUCAAUCCAGAUCAAAUCCAGUCCAGCCAGUCCAGAUCAAAUCCAGUCCCGUCAGUUCAGAUCACAUCCAGUCCAGUCAAUCCAGAUCAAAUCCAGUCCAGCCAGUCCAGAUCAAAUCCAGUCCCAUCAGUUCAGAUCACAUCCAGUCCAGUCAAUCCAGAUCAAAUCCAAAUUUUUGCGUUUGCAUUUCGUCCUUCCAAAAUGUGAAUGUUUUGGGACAACUACAAGAGAAUUUGAACUCAAUUAACGUAUAUUGUGCCCUCCCCCCCCCAAAGAAAAAGUUCUGGAUCUGUUCCUGACACCCUCGUAGAAUGAACUACCUCCGUAGCAUGCUUCUGUUAGUAUGCCAGUUUUUCAUACAAAUGCAGACUUGCUGACUUACACGUAGCUUUUUGUCAUUUCUCAUUUAAAAAUAAAACGGUUAGCUGUGCCAUUUUACUUCUUUCGAGGAGAUGUUGAAGAUCUUUCUAUUUUACAUGACAUUCUCCUCGGUAAUUUUCCCCGAUUUUCAGCACAUAGAUCGUUAAAAAUCUCAGAGCAAUAUUUCGCGAUCUUUUUCAAAGGAUAUAUAUCUCAAACCAAACUAAACAGUGAUGCGAUAAAUUACGUGGCUUGUGAGUCUUUGGGUAAGGCCCAAUUUUACCGAGACCACGUAAAGAGGAAUUAUGAGAACUGGUAAAAUUGGGCUUGGUCCCAGUUUAGCUCCUUCUCCAACUUGCCCGUUCAAUUCAGGUCAAUUCUUUGGUGGAAAAAUGAAUAUGUAGAUAGACUGAAUGAAAGACAUUUUAGUUAUUGUUUGUCUCAUUAAGGUUAAUGCCGAGAUAUUAUUGAACUGUCCCCAGUUGUUCACAAGAUGGACAGCGCUAUCGACCGGAUAAAUAGCUAAACAGUGAAAACCAAGGCCACUGCCACCAUCCCGGCGAUGGUUUAUUCUUUAUCCGGUGGGUAGCGCUAUCCACCUUUUGAACAACUGGAGCCUGCUCUUUAUUAACAACACUAGCUAAGACGUUGAUGUUAUUUUGAUCUUGUAUAAGUACAUUUUGACUUUCACCAAAUUAGUGUCAAAACGAUGACAACAUACGAAAUAUAGACAGGAAUUGUAAGUGAUUAUUUUCGAUUACAAUAAGUGUACAAUAACAGUUUGCUACUUCCGCUAUGUAACAAGAUCAAUCGCUUUUUGAUAAAAAUUGAAAAGACAACGUAAAUGCAACUCAUGUAAUAAACACUUUAUUUUUAACUUAUAAGAAGGCUACAUCAUUAGACUUUAAAAGCCUUAAACCCCGUAUUUUAUUAAGCUUGGGGCGGGCUAAAGGCAAAGACAAGCAGUGACUGACCGCUACAAAAAAAAGGAGGGGCAUUAGCGAAUGUAGAGAAGUAUCGUAUCGUUUCCUUUUCAUAUACUGCAACAACUUCGAAGUUGUGAGAAAAAAAAGGUUUAACGCUGCAAGCGGUUUCUGACUUUCAGUGCUUGUAAUUGCCAGGCAAUACUCAUUUUAAAAAAUGCGGUAAGAUCCACUAUCCCAGUACCGUUUUAUAUCAGGGCUUUCGAGCGAAACAGACUCUAUGACAAGUAAUUAAAGGUUUGGCCACAUUUGGCUAGAUUCAAUGAAAAUUUGAAACACUCAUAUCGGUAAUCCAGGACUUACUAAGACUUGCAUGAGACAGAGCUCGACAAUUCUCUCUCCCCCCCCCCCCAGAAAACUAGUUCUAGGCGACCGAGCUCGAUUAGCCACACGUUAACGUAAACCGAGCUCGGUCCAUUUAAACGCGGUUACGAGAACUCGAGCGCGAUAGUGAGGCUUAUCGAGCUCGAUAACAUUCUACUUGUCCCCCCGGAAAAGUGAGAGUCCUUGCUUCACCGUCCUCGACAUUUCGAGCUCGGUAUCGACAUAUCGAGGACGGUUUCCCGAGGUCAAUUAGUUCAUCGAGGCCGGUUGAUAUAUCGACUUCGAUAAACCCGUAUCGAGCUCGGUUUCCUGAGCUCGAUUUGUUUAUCGAAGCCGGUUGACAUAUCGAGCUCGACAAACUCGUAUCGAGCUCGGUUGCCCAGAUAACUAAACUGAUCCCGAUUUACCGCCGAAACGUGUCGAAACGUGCGAGUGCUUGAAAUGCAAAAUUUCAUCGCGGCUUACAUGAGGGGGUGGACGUACGUAGGAACGUACGCCUCACGGUCGAUCUUCUCAGAACCAAAAUUUCUUGGAUGCAUAGAUUACCAAAUUUUCUUACCCAUGGUGUUCCUCUACGCGCCCUUCGCGCACGCGAGAGCUCCGCUAUUAAAACAGCCUCAAAACAGGUUUGGUUGUGAUUCGCAGAACCACGAGGCGGGGAUACGCAGGCACUACCACAAAUCUUCAGAUAAUGUUGAAUACCCAAAAAAUCUCUUUUAAAUCAAGCCGCCAAAGUUUCCUACCCCAAAAAAUCCCGGAAUAGAAAAUUUCUAUUAUCCCCGUCACUUGAGAUCCGGAAUACGCCCCCUUCCCCCCGGGCCAGGCUUACUUAAAAUUUCGCUAUUGCGUCUGCAAAAAUACUCUAUUCAAUAACUUGUUUGUAUCAAUUCGAAAGGUGGAAGCAGAUGCAGGAAUCAAUAUCCCCGGGCAUGUCCACUCUCAGAUAAAAGGAAAAUACAAAAAUGUGAAUAUCCCUCCAAAUAUAGCAACAAGGGCGAAUACACGUGGUCCAUUCCUGUUCCAGUGUUGCCGUGUUGUCUUAAACAAGGACAAAAAUCGAUUGGAACUCCCCAAGGGAGAGUUUGUUGGUAGACCGGUAAACAGAUGUAAAGAAGACGAGGAGGAGGAGGAGAAGGAGAAGGAGGAGUACAAAAACACCGCAGUCAGCUUGGUGGAUGACAUGGAGAGUUAUUUGAUAGGUAAGAUCAAUAUUUGUUUUCGGUUAAACUAUUCUGAACUUUUAGUGACCAACCCCGUUCCUAGAGUUAUACCUCUCUUUUCACGAAUCUGUAUGUAUUUACAUUAUUUUACAUUCCUCUUAAAAUAGUACUCAGGGAGAUCUAGAAUGGAAUACACUUAAUUAAUUCAAAAUGGCGGAUCCAAGAUGGCGUAUGGGUCCAGUUCCUUUAACAAUAAAUGACUUGAGAAUGACAUCACUUCUAUUGUUUAAUUAGCAAUUAAUGAACUCGGCUUUCGUAGGAUAUGAAGAAUUAAGCAGAUCGAGGAGGGUGUUAUCUACCGAGGCCGAAGGCCAAGGUGGAUAGCAACCUCCGAGAUCUGCUUAAUUCUUCAUAUCCUACUAAAGCCGAAUUCAUUGAUUGCUUUAUUAUUCAUUUAAAAUAAUUCCUAGUGUAAAACAUAGCGGGAACAUGUUUACCCGCAUCAAUGUUAAGUUCAUCUUCGAUACUGUACAUCUAGGUUUGUCCAGCUCCGCAAAUAUUCUCCAAAUAGCAGAUGUCGCCCUCUGAGUUGUCUUCUUGCUGUUUUUGCCAUGUUUUUGGAUAUAAUUAUUUCGCCUAGUUCCAGCUGUAGUUCUUACUGUUGAAACGAGCGAAAUGUCCGCCAUUUUUUUUUCACAACCAAAACAACUCAACCUCUUCCCCAGGUCUUCUCGGUAACGGUGCCUUGACCUGUAGCGCGCUCUAUUUUUAACAUUUCCUCGUUAAACACAAAAUUCUUCCAAAUUUGGUCGCCAGUAACUGGUUAUGGUGAAUUAUGCGUGUGCUUUUAGCCAAUCAGAAUUGGAGAAAUAUUUUGAAUGAAUUGUAAAGAUUAUUAAUGUGAUGGCCAACAUUAUUUUUGAGUUUAUCAUACAGGUUUUUCAUUUAAGUAUUCUUCACUUAAUUGCUUACUUUGAGACAACAUGACGACAGCAAUAUGAUGUCUAAAAUUACUUCAUUGUCCCCCCGACGGGUCUCAGAUGGUCCUUUAGACCAACCUGGAGGUAAGUGUCCUUCCGCGCUUUUGUCAUCAUAGAACAGUUUAACCCUUUCAAUGCCAGAAGUGGCCAAAGUCAACAUUAAACAAGAUUCAAGAUUGGCAAUUGUGAAAUUCAGUGUUAUUGUGAACAAAAUUCAGUGUAUUGUCAGCAAAAGCUACUGUCUACUUUUAUAUCUUAGAUUCGUUCACAAACGAAGAUAGCACGAAGCUGGAGGAAAUCACAACUUCAGUUUUGAAACCUAGCAAGAACAGAGAAGAGCGUAAAGAGCGAGUCAAAAAGUACCUUCAGUGGGUAAGAACUAUUACAACUUACUAAUAAUCGGUUCUUUUUACUCUGGAACGAGCGAUUUAAUUGGUUUGAGACUGGGUGAAGGCCACCGCCCCAAAGGUUUUCGCCCAAUUUUUUUUCCUUUUCAAAAUGAUUUUAGACCUGAGUUUCUACUUUCCAAUUACCCUUUAAUUCAUCAGGCACAUAUAACUUUGGUUACAAUGGAUUGUAAUGAGUACGGGAUAUGACCUAAAGUCAAGCCAUUGUUAAACAAAAAUGCCAGGUGAACCAAAGAUUUAGUGGCAAGACAACUUUCAAGAGGAAAAAUUUUAAAAACAACUUCAUAUUCCAGUGGCAUAAUUUUAAUUAUAUAGAGCUUUUCAUUUACAAUUCAUCUAGAAAAUAAACACAAACAAAUCCGAAGGUUUUCCCACAAAACAAAAACUUGAGCUUCGCGUUAAACCACGCGACAUGAUUUCCUAGAAAUUACGCGAUCCUCCAGCCGAAAGACAACACCAUUAGCACAAAAGCAUGAAGAGAUUAGACGAAUUGUUCAAAUUAUAUGAGUUUUCCGAAAGCAAACCGCUUUCCCCACGACUUGAAGUGGGUUGAACGUUUCCUUUAUCCUGAAUAGGUAAUGUUUAUGGGCCGUUCGGGGUGUUCGCUGAAAUCACUAAUAGGCAUCCAUUCCGGUGCUAUUGUAGUAGUAUAGAAGGGACCAGUCGGGCCCUUUUCUGAAGUGGUAUCUCUUAAGUGAAUCAAGGUCAAUGACGUUUUUAUCUCAUGAAUAAAAAGUAGUGGUGUCUCAGUAAGAAAACCUCAAAAGUUAUUUUAUGUAGUGACUAGUAUAGCCAGUUUGACGGGCUUUUAGUUAUUUUUAAUAUGAUGUAACUUGAAUUGAUCAUUUCCUCAUUUGGAUAUCAUAAUAUCAUACAUUAUUUUAAGGCCUUUGAACAACGAAAUAGACGCUAACUUGCCUGCCGCUGACGUAAAAUCACUGUUACCUAAGAGCACGCUAGAUGAGCAUGCGCAUCAGCAGACACUGAACUGACCCAAUCUACCAGUUAAGCACAAAAUUUUCAACUCAUCGCUUUGCAGUUUGAAAAAGCGCUGUCAACAACGCCACCAGAGGGCAACAGAGUGUUGACUCUUGACAAGCCUCUCAAUGAUGCAGAUUGUGAAUUUCUACGAACCAUUUUUGUACCUGCAACGAAGAAUCAUUCAACGUUCAGUUUCCCGAUAUUCUUUGACGAAGAAAAACUUCAGGGAUAUGCAAUUGUUUUGAAGAUUAUCUCUGGUAAGAUAUAACACAUGACACAUAGGCAGGAAAAACAGGACACGAGAGACUCUCCUGGACUUCUGGUCACUAAAAUGAAAACGAGGUUUUUUCCAAAUACAGCUUGUGCGAACUGCUCUGCCAAUAUGGUUGAUUCAAUGAAAAACCGACCGGCUUAGAAGUCCCCUUCACGACAAAAUUACAGUGUUUUUCUCUGCAAUGCUAUAGCUCUUGUGCUAUGGAAUGAUGUAGGUUAAUUAAUAGAAUGAUUACGAUGACGAUAAUAAUAGCAACCAGUUACUGAAAACUAAUCAAAGUCAUUAAAGCGAUCAAAAUUAUGAUUUCGAUUGUUGGUAAUAAAAAUAUUGUAGAUGAUAUUGGUUAUAAGAAAGAUUAGGACCAUGUCAUCAAAGGUCGGAUUAAGACCAUGACAUGUAGGGAAUUAAGUAAAAAAUACGAUCACCUCCAGCGAGCCAUUUAAAAUGUUAGCAUAGGAAAGGUGAGGGUAUAGAAAAAGAGCCUUUAAAAGCGUUUUGCAUGUAUUUCUUUUGGGUAUACAAUUAAUUAAGCCAACUUUUUUUCACCAUAACUUUUUAUGGCCAGGUUUAAGUAUAUCAAUUUUGUUGUAGAUUGUUUGCGCAAGUUUUAGUUACAGUUGUUAACAAUUUUCGCUGGGUUGAGCUUUGUUUGAUUUUGAGACUGUAGCAAUAAUUUUCAGUUAUUGAACUGUCUUUUAAGUUUUCUUUCUCAAUGUACUCAACAGAUUUGUCGGAGGAAACCUGGGAUGAGAUUGAGAAAGUCUGGGCCGAGACAGACGAGCCUUUGGAGUAAAACCAAUGACUGAAAUGGCUGACUGCGUUAAGGAACAAUUUUGCGAUGGCAUCUUUUGUCAACGUUGUAGCAGUGAGAUGUAAUCAGAAUUUGAAAUAAUAUUGUAAAAGGGAAAAAUACAGGGUGUCCCAAAAGUUCGUUCCUCUACGUUAUGAGUCUGUAUUUCAGCUCGAUUGGACUUGGUAAGCAAAUCAUUUAAACAAAGGUUGUGCCUUUCAAACUAAUUCACUAUUUUCAUCCUUGUUGUGCUAUCUUUUGACUCGAAUAUUCGAUUUGUGUACUUCCUGAAUAAAGCAGCUAAAAUAGUUUUUAAGAACGCUAGAUACAAAACAGGAGACUCGACGAGGAAGCUCUCACAUAGUUGGCAAGCAAAGUCUAGACAGGAUCUUGAAAAGUUGUUUAAAAUGUUUAAAAUUACUAAAAUUAG